CUAUAAACCAUCCACUUAUGUCUUUAUUCUUAACCAGCCAAGAAGCAAAGUAGCUCGUCCAAAAAGAAGAUUCCCUGUUUGUUUGUAACACAGGUUUCUUUACCUAAUAGGAUUAUUACUACAGUUUAGUUUAAUUUUCAAUGCUUGAGGCUCGCACUAUAGAAUUAGCAGUAGCUCUAGAAGUCUUACCUUAGAAGCACUUCAAAUUCUUUUCUUCUCCAAACAUUUCUGCUUUUAGCUGCUGAAGCUGAAGAAUUCCUUCUUAUCUCAUUCCAAAAUCCAUCCUGAUCACCACCUUAAUUGAUUCUUUUCUUCUAAUUUCAAUUCCAAGCAAGAAAAAAAAUGGCCGAUGCAGCUAUUAGCGCUACUAUUCAGGUUGCAUUGGAGACGGUUAUUUCCCUUGCCGCUGAUCGUGUUAGUUUGGUUCUUGGAUUCGGAGAGGAGUUGGAGAGACUACGCCACACUGCAGAAACCAUCCGAGGUAUCCUGGCUGAUGCGGACAGGAAAAUGCAUAUUGCCGGGGUGAAAAAUUGGCUCGAGCAGCUUGAAGGAGAGCUUUUUAAAGCGGAGGAUGUGCUGGACGAGCUCAACUAUGAAAAUCUUCGUCGGGAGGUGAAGUACAGAAAUCAACUCAAGAAAAAGGUAUGCUUCUUCUUCUCGUACUUUAAUACAAUUGGUUCUCGUUCAAGGUUGGCUUCAAAGAUCAGGGACAUCAACAUGAACCUAGAAAGGAUCAAUCGGCAAGCAAAUGAUGUGGGACUGGUCUUCCGGUUCCAAAUUGAAGCCGCACUCCCUGCUGCUACUGGUGCCACAACAAGCAGACAAACCGACUCUAUUCUCGUUCCAAAUGUUGUAGGAAGAGUCGACGAUGAAUCAAAGAUUGUGGACAUGUUAUUGAGGCCAUCUGAAAAGGUUCUUUCUGUUAUUCCCAUAACAGGCUCAGGAGGUUUGGGAAAAACAACUCUGGCGAAAUCAAUCUACAAUAAUCCAAAAAUAGAUGGGCACUUUGGCCAAAAAAUUUGGGUUUGUGUGGCUAAAGAACAAAUUAAGAUAAUGGAGCUGUUCAAGCUCAUUUUAGUACAAUUGACAGGAGAAGAAGUUAAAGUGGAUGACAGGAAUGUUAUCGUUAAAAAUAUUGGAGAAAAGCUCAAGGGACAAAGAUAUUUCCUUGUUCUUGAUGAUGUGUGGGAUCAUGAUCAAGGAUUGUGGAAUGAUUAUUUCAACACUUUGAUGGGACUCAACGAAACCAAAGGAAGCUGGUGUCUUCUUACUACUCGGUCGAAACCAGUGGCUGAUGUUGUAUCUACACAUUUGAAGAUGAAUAGCGGUCCUUAUUUCUUAGGAAAGCUAUCACGUGAUGAGUGCUGGUCCAUCAUAAAAGGAAAGGUGAUGAGUGCAGGGGAAGAAGUACCAGAAGAAUUGGACGCAUUGAAGAAGCAAAUUUUAGGGAGAUGCGAUGGCCUACCCUUGGCAGCAAGUUUGAUUGGUGGCUUGUUGCUUAACAACAGAAGAGAGAAGUGGCACUCCAUUGUGCAAGAGAGUCUUUUGAAUGAAUGUCAAAGCGAGAUUGAGCAAAUACUUAAGGUGAGCUUUGAUCAUUUGUCACCUGCAUCAGUUAAAAUAUGUUUUGCAUAUUGUUCAAUUUUCCCCCAGGAUACAGAAUUGGAACAAGAUCUAUUGAUUGAGCUUUGGAUGGCGGAAGGUUUUGUUCAACCAUAUCGCCAAAACCAAAGGCUGAUGGAGGAAAUAGGGGGUGAUUAUUUUAUGAUUUUGUUACAAAAUUCCUUAUUGGAAAAAGUAGAAGAAUCGUGGCGGGGAACAUAUUAUUAUAAAAUGCACGAUCUCGUGCAUGAUUUUGCAAAAUCAAUUCUCAAUCCAGAAAGCAGCAAUCAGAAUCGCUACCUUGCAUUGGGCUCUUUUGAAGGUUUGGCAGAAAAUACCACAAGGACAAUACCAGCAUCAAUUCGCACAUUAUUUCUCCAUCUAGAGGGUGGCGUAUCUACUGACAUGCUUUUAAGAUUCAAGUGCUUGCAUGUUCUCAGAUUGUCUGGCGAUGAUGUCGAGUCUCUACCGAGCUCCAUUGGCAAACUACUACAUUUGCGGUUGCUCGACAUUUCAUCUUCUGGAAUCAGAAGUUUGCCAGAAUCUCUUUGCAAGCUAUAUAAUUUGCAGACACUAACGAUUAAUGAUUAUGCACUUGAAGGAAGUUUUCCAAAACGGAUGAGCGAUUUGAUUAGCUUGCGACAUCUAAACUACAAUCAUUAUAAUGUAGAAUUAAAAAUGCCGGUGCAGAUGGGACUAUUGACUUGUCUUCAAACUCUGAAGUUUUUUAAUGUAAGUCAAAAAAGGGGAUGUGGUAUCGAAGAGCUUGGGACCUUGAAAUAUCUGAAAGGAUCGUUGAGUAUAAGAAAUCUUGGACUAGUGAAGGGCAAAGAAGCAGCUAAACAAGCAAAAUUGUUCGAAAAGCCAGAUCUGUCCGACUUGGUGUUUAAAUGGGAGAGUGGGGAUCGGGAAAGCGAUAAUCGUGAGGAGGAUGUGUUGGAAGGUCUCCAACCUCACCCAAAUUUGCAAGGGUUGGAAAUUCAUUCUUUUAUGGGUAAUAAAUUUCCACAAUGGCUUAUCAAUUUGUCAAAAUUGGAGACAUUGCGGAUAGAAGACUGCGAGAGAUGCAGUGAACUCCCCUCAUUAGGACAACUACCAUCCCUCAAACGUCUCUCUUUGAUAAGAUUGGACAACAUUCGAUUUAUUGGAGAUGAAUUCUACGGUAUUACUGCUAAUGGGGAGGAGGAGGAGGAGGGCAGAUCACGAGCAUCAGGAAGCAGCGCUAGAAGGCGAAAAUUCUUUCCUGCCCUUGAACAACUCUAUGUACGAGAUAUGAAGGAAUUUGGUAGACUGGAAAGGUGCAGACCAAGUGAGGUCAACAGUAGGUGAAGCAGAAGCAGAUGUCUUUCCCCUGCUGAGGAAUUUUUACAUUCAAGAUUGCCCACAACUGACCACUCUUCCAUGCUCGUCUAAAAGUCUACACGUGGAGAAUUGCAAUAAUCUAACAAGUAUAAAAACGGGUUACGGCACUGCUUCUGUUGAGGAUUUGAGGAUCGACUCUUGCGACAAUCUUAGGGAGCUGCCAGAUCUGGAUCUGUUUGGAUCGAGUUUGCAGCGAUUGACCAUCUCAUUUUGCCCAAGAUUAAUUAGUCUAGGAGUAAAUGGACAGAAAUGCCCCCUACCAUGCCUUGAGCGAUUGAGUAUUUGGAGUUGCAAUGGGUUGACCACUAUAUCCGACAAAAUGUUCCAGUCAUGCCGGUCUCUGCGGUCUCUGCAGGCAGAGAGGGUGAACAAAAAAGCAUUCAUGGUGCUCAAACAUCAGCUUCAUGGUGUUUCCCAUCGUUGUUGAAGAAGAAGAAGAGGUCAGGAGGUAUGUUGUGCAGAAAAGUGAUAAUGCAGCAUUUCUCUCCCCAAGAACUCUUUUCUUACCUCCAUCCAAUUUACUAAAAGUACAAGGAAUUGGUGCAGAGUCUUAGGAGACAUAGCUUAUGUUAUUGGACAAAGGACGCCAUCGUUUACACACCAAUUGUCACACGAUAUUGCAUAAUAGGAGAAACUUCUUGAAUUCUGGUAGGCUUAAUUGGUUUAAGUAGGAUGAUGUUUCUGUUAUGUUUGUACUGACCCCUUCUAUUUAGUUUACAUAGAUCUAAUUGGGCUGCUGCUUCUGAUAUGAUCCCAAAAGUACAUACCUUUAGUUUUUUAAGCUGCAGUAUCGGUUUUUCUCAAUGCACUGCCAUCACUAGUUUGUUAUAUUGUUGGUUUCUGGUUGGCAGAUGAAUUUUUAUUGAGUUGAAGUUUCAUUUCUUAGCAUUUAUUAAUUCUAAUUUGAAUUUGCUUUUCAUUUAGGCCAUGUCCUCGCUUAAAGGUAGGGAUAAUACAUUAGAGAAGAUUUGAGGAGGCUUUCAGAUGAUUCCUCUGUUCCAGCUGAUCCCGACCUAACCUGAAAAAUGCAACAGACACGAAAGAGGCACAAAUCCCUCCGGAGCUUAUCACUCGAUGUGUAGCUACUCUGCUCAUGAUUCAGCUGCUUUUUGGGUGUACAUCUCUAAGAUCCUUUAUUCCCAUCUUGUCUCUUUCUUUGCUUCAUAGAGGGCCCACUUGUGAUGAUGUUUAUAUUAGAAGUUUGAUCACUUGGACGAUUCCCUUCCCCUUUUCCUGUUAAAACUACAAGCUGUGCAUAUUUUGGUUUAUAUUUUCCUUAUGGCUUAUUAUCAGUUCAAAGUACUGAAUCUCAGUUUCAAUAAAGUGGAUAUUUAUGGCUAUUAAAUUGUAGCCAUAAUGAAGUUACUGACUCAAUCUAGCAACUAUUCGUAUAAUGGGAUCACUCCCUUGUUUUGCUUUUUUCAAUGAAUUAAGGAGGAGUUGAAACUAAUCUCAAACUUCGUUUAACUGAUAAUGAAGCUCACCCUUCACUUGCUUGCUGCUGUUAGGUUUGCAUCAUAUUUUUGAAAUAUUUUCUUUGUCAACUCCAUUUAUUGGUUAGAAAGUUCUUUCCGCAGUUGUAGGAAUGACACGACUAGAAUAUCAGUUCUCUAUUCGAGAAUUGAACAUCUGUGCGUACAAUGUUUUAAAUGCUCUUCAUUCUACAAUUUGUUGUUUUGUUUUCUUGUGAUGUACACAGUUCGACCUUUUUGCGAAUGUAUACUUAUUGGCUUAAUAUUGCAGUCAUUUAUUGCAAAAAUGUACAGAGAGGCAGUUUCCACUAGCUGAUGUGGCGCAAAUAUUGGAUUCUGCAAUUACAAGCUUGAAGCCUUGCUGCCCACAAAACCUUCCAGUUUAUACUGAAAUACAGAAGUGCAUGGGAAUUGUCAGGAACCAAAUAUUGGCGCUUAUACCUACUUAGCCAAUAAAACUUGGACGUAUUUCUUUUUCAUAUCUGCAAUGUAGUAAUUGAUUUGAUUGCCAUCUUAGCUUCUAAGGCUACCAUGACAAAGUUUUCUGUUUGUACCCACCAACAUCAAUGCAAUGAAUUAUCACUUCCAUUAUACUUCGAAUAAGGCCAUCUAUGUUCAAA